CUGUCAAUAAAAAUACACCAAUCACACACCAAUGGCAGUCCCAUAGUUUUUAUCAAAAUCUGGAACGCCUCACAACUAAAUUGUUAUGGCCAGACCAAUGCGAAUCGCCCUGGAUUUAGCUCUAAUUUCUCUAAAGACCGUGAAAGGACCUUUUUCAAAUUUGUGGUAUUUCGCUAAAAGCCGGCUCGCCGGCACUGCCGCUCGUCCUAUAGUUGAUAAUAAAGUGAUAGACAAAUUAGAAGAUGGCAUGUCCAGAACUACAGAAUUUGUAAUUUCUAAACUGGGAGUAUUACGAGAUCAACAGUUAGAAGGAGAAAAAGUCUACCUUGAAAAGGAAUUAGAAAAGAUAAAUCAAAAAUUAGGAAAACACUCAAGCUCUAAAUCUUCAUCGUCUUCUUCUAACUGCUAGAUGUAUGCGAAUCCGCAAAACCAUGUGUCUCCCAAGCAUGGCAAUACGCCAAAAUAGAAAUGGUACCACCAAUGACACAAGCUUUUUUUCAAGGAAUCGGCGGAAAAACUAUAGAAAGUUUUGCAGCUGCUAUCGGUAAUGGUAUGAUUUCAUUUCUGCGAUCAACCGUAACCGCUAUUGACGCUGCUGCUGCUCUAAAGAAAAAAGCUUUAGAAGAUGCACUUAAAGCCAAGCAAGAAAAAGCUGCGGCUGAAGCUAAACUAGCGACAGAAGAAAAGGCCAAAGCUUUAGCUGCUGCAAAAGAAAAAGAAGCAGCAAAAGCUCAAGCAGUAAAAGCAAAACCUGCCGAAGAAAAGGCCAAGCCUAAAUCAGCUGAGCCUGCAAAAGCUGAUUCGAAAACAGCACCCGCAGCUAAAGCUGCUCCAAAACCAGAUCCAAAAAAACCUGAGGACAAAAAACCUGAGGCCAAAAAACCUGAGGCUAAAAAACCUGAAGCCAAAAAACCUGAGGCUAAGAAGCCAGAUCCACCGAAGGCAAAAAAAUAAGCUGCAAGAGAUUGACAGAUUUGGAAAAUUGUUGUAAAUGUUUAUUUUAAAGUAUUAAAGAGUUCUGAAAAUAAAGCAACUUACUGGCCUUGUAUUUAAUGUUAAGAAGUCAAUUUUGACACCUCUUUAUUGACCCUUAUAUUUACGAAUCCAACCUACUGUUUAACUGAUUCAUAAAUGUUAAAAUUUACUUCUUAACUUACACCGACUUAUAGUGCAUCUGGUCCUGUGACAUUAAGGCUGACUGUACUUAGAGAGAGAGAGAGAGAGAGAUAUGAGGGAUGAACGUCGACAAUCGAUAUGCUUGCUCUUGUGUAUCGUUUGUGUGUACUUAAGAAUGUGUUUUAAUAUCGGAAAUAUUGUAUGAAUUAACUUGCAAUGUUUUUACUGAUGGUUUUCUGUUGUAUGUCAAAUAAACAAAAUUCUAUGA